AUAAAGGUCACUGCACCCUCCAGCCACCAGUUAGCUCUUCCUGGCUCUGGUGCUUCUGAGUGUUGGCAUGGCGCUGCGAGUGGUUCUUGUCAUUUUGAGCUUCCUGCCACUGCUGGAGGCCCAAAGCCCAGAACAUGCCAGCAUCACAGACAUCCCCAUCACCAAUGACACCCUAAGCUGGCUCUCUGGCAAAUGGUUUUACCUCGGCUCGGCUUUCCGCAACCUCGAGUUCAAACAGGCACUUCAAGAGAUACAGGCAGAAUAUUUUUACUUUACUCCCAACUUGACAGAUGACACUAUACUGCUCCAAGAGUACCAGACCACGAAGGACCGGUGUGUCUAUUUUAACUCCAGCAAGCUGGGAGUCCAGAGAGAGAAUGGGACCAUCUCCAAACAUGAUGGACCAGAAGAAUACUUUGCCCACCUGAAAGUGUUCACCAAACAUAGGGGCUUCAUCCUUACCUUUGCCCCAGAGGAUGAGACGAACCGGGGACUGUCCUUCUACGCUAACAAGACAGAUAUUGCACCUGAGCUCCUUAGAGAAUUCCAGAAAGCUGUCAAAAGUCUGGGCAUGAAUGAGUCAGAAAUCAUAUAUACUGACUGGAAAAAGGAUAUGUGCAGCCAGCAGCAGAAGCAGCCUGAGCCAGAGAAGAAGCCAGAGGAGUGACCCUUGGAAGGCAUGGGCUCAGCUCUCUGUACUCUGUGGGCUGUCCU